GGGAGGCCGGGAGGCCGGGGCGGCGGGCGCGCAGCUCGGCGGGAGGCGGGCGCCCGGAGACGCGGCUGGGGCCCGCGCGGCCGGGGCGCCGUCCCAGGGCAGGGCUGCCCGGCCCCGGCCCCGGGCCGCCCGCGCUCCCCAUGAAAAACCAGCUCCGCGGCCCCCCAGCGCGGGCGCACAUGUCGACUUCGGGGACGGCGGCGGCUGGGGGCACCCGGGCGGGGUCCGAGCCCGGUGCGGUGUCGGGGUCCGGCGCAGGCACCGGGGCGGGCGCGGCGACGGGGGCAGGGGCCAUGCCCUGCAAGAGCGCCGAGUGGCUGCAGGAGGAGCUGGAGGCGCGCGGCGGCGCGUCCUUGCUGCUGCUCGACUGCCGGCCGCACGAGCUCUUCGAGUCGUCGCACAUCGAGACGGCCAUCAACCUGGCCAUCCCGGGCCUCAUGUUGCGCCGCCUGCGCAAGGGCAACCUGCCCAUCCGCUCCAUCAUCCCCAACCACGCCGACAAGGAGCGCUUCGCCACGCGCUGCAAGGCGGCCACCGUGCUGCUCUACGACGAGGCCACGGCCGAGUGGCAGCCCGAGCCCGGCGCUCCCGCCUCCGUGCUCGGCCUGCUCCUACAGAAGCUGCGCGACGACGGCUGCCAGGCCUACUACCUCCAAGGUGGUUUCAACAAGUUUCAAACAGAGUACUCUGAGCACUGCGAGACCAACGUGGACAGCUCUUCCUCGCCGAGCAGCUCGCCACCCACCUCAGUGCUGGGCCUGGGGGGCCUGCGCAUCAGCUCUGACUGCUCCGACGGCGAGUCGGACCGAGAGCUGCCCAGCAGUGCCACCGAGUCAGACGGCAGCCCUGUGCCAUCCAGCCAACCAGCCUUCCCUGUCCAGAUCCUGCCCUACCUCUACCUCGGCUGCGCCAAGGACUCCACCAACCUGGACGUGCUCGGCAAGUAUGGCAUCAAGUAUAUCCUCAAUGUCACACCCAACCUACCCAACGCCUUCGAGCACGGCGGCGAGUUCACCUACAAGCAGAUCCCCAUCUCUGACCACUGGAGCCAGAACCUCUCCCAGUUCUUCCCUGAGGCCAUCAGCUUCAUUGACGAAGCCCGCUCCAAGAAGUGUGGUGUCCUGGUGCACUGCCUGGCAGGCAUCAGCCGCUCAGUGACGGUCACUGUGGCCUAUCUGAUGCAGAAGAUGAACCUGUCACUCAACGACGCCUACGACUUUGUCAAGAGGAAAAAGUCCAACAUCUCGCCCAACUUCAACUUCAUGGGGCAGCUGCUGGACUUUGAGCGGACGCUGGGGCUAAGCAGCCCAUGCGACAACCACGCGUCGAGUGAGCAGCUCUACUUUUCCACGCCCACCAACCACAACCUGUUCCCACUCAAUACGCUGGAGUCCACGUGAGGCCUGGUGCACGGGGGGCAUGGCACCAGGCCCCUGCUCGGCUCUCCACAGGGCUAGGUGGGAGAGCCCAAGCCCGCCACCUCUGGCCUGAGGAACCCCCAGAUGUCACCUGUGCCCAGAGGCCCAGGCUGAUCGGUGUCGGAGCGCCCCUCACCAUCCUUGGGGGCAGGGCCCGCAGGCAAGGUCUCCCACUGCAGGGCUUGCUGGAGAGGCCUCGGCUCUUGGACACGUGGCUUUGGGCAUCCACCAGGGCCUCAUCCUGUCCAGGACGCUCCUUUCUGCUGACGGCCCAGCCAGUUUGGCUGUUUUUUAAAGACACAUCCACGGACCUGAGUUUACUUUUUACUUUUGGCAGGUAAAUCCAAGCUCCCUGGAGCACAAAGAGUGUUUGAGCUCUUCUUGAUUUUUCUUUUUUUUUUUUUUUUUUUUUAACAAAAAGUGUUAUUUUCAGGCUACAUGCAACAGUGGAUUGUAUAACCCAGUAUUUCAUCCCUUUCCUGAUCCUGCAAGAGAGAGAAAUGUUACCAGUUUUGUUUUUCGUUCAAUUUCAAAAAGCAAGUAUCGUGUUUGUUUUUGUUUUUGUUUUUUAAUGGAAAAGACAGACGCCAUGUUGACCUUGACCAAAUGCGUUUUGCACAUGUGUGAAGCCUCUGUUUCCUCAGCGGGCCCUUCUUGAAGGGGUGGCUUACUGCUCUUCAGGUAUUGGGACCCCCGGUCGUGCCGCCUCCCACCCUUGGCCCAGUCUGACUUAGCCCUGCAUUCGCCUGUGAUGACUGCUGCAAGUUGUGAUUGGUGGGCUGGAUGGUGGUCUUUGCAUUUUCUGCCGUCUCAUCCAUCCCUCUGGUGGUCCCUGCAGACCUCCCUGAGGCAGAAGGUGGGGAACCUGGGGCCCUGCCGCUGUCCCCCAGGAGGUGGGCCGCAGGGGGCUGCCAGGCAGUAGCAUUAGCCCUCUGGGGUCAGCCCCUAAGAAGGCCUGGGCUCUGAGCCCUUUUAUAUACUUAGGCACUACUUCUGUCUGUCUGUCUGUCUCUCUUCCUCUCCCUCUCUUUCUUUCUCUCUCCCCCACUCCCUCUCUCUUCCUUUUCUCUCUCUUGUUGUAACUGGGAGUGGAGGCCCAGUGGCUGGGGAGACCUUAGGUGGUGGGGCCCAGCCCGACCUCCAGGUUCUUCCUUCUCCCUAGCUGUCGCUUUGGUCUGGCCACUCCCAGCCCCCUUGUCCCCUUGGAAGCUUGCCCUGCCCUCAUCUUGCCCAUGCCUUCUACUGCCAGGAGACUUGCACCCAUUUCAACCCUAGGGCGGGGGCAAGUGGGGCAAGGAUGGACCAGCAGAAGGGGGGUAAGGCUCUGUUCACUUCCCCCUGCCUCCACAGAACGAAGCCACGGAUUCCGUUAUCUUCCUCCAGUUUUGUUCCUUCUCCAGCCUCAGUUCCACCAGGUGUCAGGACUGCAUGGGGGCCUGGGGCAGGCAGAGGAGUCAGGCCAGGGUCCCUGACGGAGCAGCACUCAGCAUGUGAGUGAGGCCACAGAAAAACUCUGCCCCACUGCUUCUUACCUCACGGGGGUGGCUUUCAGGGAUUCUUUAGGGCAGCAGAUUAAAAUCUUGCCACAGUCGAGAAAUUGACAACAAGCUUCCAUGCUGUACAUGGUUCUCUUUUUCUCUCUUUUAUUUUUAAAAAGAAAACCCAGAAAGAUGUACCAGAUUUGUGUAAAUGAGGGUAUGCCAGAAGGUGGCCAGUUUUGCUUUAUGAUCUUAUGAAGGAAGAUUUGUGACCCUACAAAUAUAUAUACACACACAUACAUAUAUAUAUAUAUCCCGAACCAACAACGGGACUUUGUUUAUAUUGCAAAUAAAUAUUAUUUUUUCUUUAAAA